CGAAGUGGUUGCGUUUUGUUAGUACCGGACAGUUGUGAUGGCUGCGGUGGAUUCGGAUGUCGAACCGCUGCCUCGCGGGGGUUUCCGCUGCUGCCUCUGCCACGUCACUACGGCCAACCGGCCCAGCCUGGAGGCCCACCUGGGAGGCCGAAAGCACCGGCACCUGGUAGAACUACGAGCUGCUCGAAAGGCCCAGGGACUUCGAAGCGUGUUUGUCAGUGGCUUUCCCCGGGACGUGGAUUCUACUCAGCUCUCUGAGUACUUCCAGGCAUUUGGACCCGUGGCCAGUGUUGUCAUGGACAAGGACAAGGGAGUGUUUGCCAUUGUGGAGAUGGGGGACGUGGGUGCCCGGGAAGCUGUCCUCUCACAGCCCCAGCACAGCUUGGGAGGACAUCGCCUGAGGGUCCGGCCACGGGAGCAGAAAGAGUUCCAGAGCCCAGCCUCCAAGUCCCCCAAAGGAGUGGCCCCCGACAGUCACCAGCUGGCAAAAGCACUAGCGGAGGCCCCGGACGUGGAGGCACAAAUGCUGAAGCUCGUGGGGCUGAGGGAGCUGUCUGAGGCCGAGCGGCAGCUUCGGAGCCUCGUGGUGGCCCUGGUGCAGGAGGUCUUCACAGAGUUCUUCCCUGGCUGUGUGGUCCAUCCUUUUGGCUCUUCCAUAAACAGCUUUGACGUCCAUGGCUGUGAUCUUGACCUCUUCCUGGAUCUGGGGGACUUGGACGAGCCCCAGCCAGCCCCAAAGCCUGCAGAAUCUCCAUCCCUGGACUCGGCCCUUGCAUCCCCACUGGAUCCUCAAGCCCUGGCCUGCACCCCAGCCUCCCCUCCAGACUCACAGCCUCCAGCUUCUCCCCAAGACUCGGAAGCCCUGGACUGUGAAGUCCCUUCCUCCUCCCUGGCACCCCAGACUCCAGACUCUGCUUUGGCCUCUGAGACCCUCGCCUCUCCCCAGUCCCUGCCUCCAUCCUCGCCACUGCAGGAUGACCGGGGAGAGGGGGACCUGGGGAAGGCCAUGGAACUGGCAGAGGCCCUGAAGGGGGAGAAAGCAGAAGGGGGAGCCAUGCUGGAGCUGGUGGGAUCCAUUCUUCGGGGCUGUGUCCCUGGAGCAUACCGAGUCCAAACUGUGCCCUCUGCCCGACGCCCUGUGGUCAAGUUCUGCCAUCGGCCUUCAGGUCUCCACGGUGACGUCUCCCUCAGUAACCGGCUGGCCCUGCAUAACUCCCGCUUCCUGAGCCUCUGCUCUGAGCUGGAUGGGCGAGUACGGCCCCUUGUGUACACUCUGCGCUGCUGGGCUCAGGGUCGAGGGCUGUCAGGGAGUGGCCCGCUUCUCAAUAACUACGCCCUGACCUUGCUCGUGAUCUAUUUCCUUCAGACCAGGGACCCUCCUGUGUUGCCCACUGUGUCCCAGCUCACCCAGAAAGCAGGUGAGGGCGAACAGGUGGAGGUUGAUGGCUGGGACUGUAGUUUUCCCAGGGAUGCCUCGAGACUGGAGCCCAGCACCAAUAAGGAGCCCCUGAGUUCCCUGCUGGCCCAGUUCUUCUCCUGCGUCCCUUGUUGGGAUCUUCGUGGCUCACUGCUAUCCCUGCGGGAGGGUCGGGCACUGCCUGUGGCAGGGGGCCUGCCCUCUGAUCUCUGGGAGGGUCUGCGCCUCGGUCCCAUGAACCUCCAGGACCCCUUUGACCUGAGUCACAAUGUGGCAGCCAAUGUGACCAGCCGGGUGGUCGGGCGGCUACAGAACUGCUGCCAAGCAGCAGCCAGUUACUGCCGAAGCCUCCAGUACCAGUGCCGUUCCUCCCGGGGUCGGGACUGGGGGCUGCUUCCCCUUCUGCAGCCCAGCUCCCCCAGCUCCCUGCUGUCUGCAACACCCAUCCCCUUACCCCCGGCUCCCUUCACCCAGCUCACUGCUGCCCUGGCCCAGGUGUUACAGGAGGCUUUGGGGUGCCAUAUAGAGCAGGGAACCAAGAGACUGCGGUCAGAGGGAGGUGGAACUGGGGAGCCUCCCCAGGGAGGGACAAGCAAAAGAUUGAAACUAGACGGACAGAAAAAAAGCUGUGAGGGGGGCCAGGAGGAACAGCAGGGACGUGCAGGGGGCCACGGUGAAGAUGGGGUGGAAGAAAUGGCGAUAGAGGCUGGAGAGUCAGUGCAAGACUGGGCCAUGAGGAGCCCUGGGCAGCCAGGGGAGCUGGCCCCGAUGACCGGAAAGCAUCUAGGCACUGGAGAAGAGGGGCAGUCAGGCCCCGCAGCGCUGGCUGAACAGGGGCCCAGAGGACCUGAGGCAGCCCGAGAAGGGUCUCAGGCCAAGGCAGGGAAGGGGGUGUCGCUCUCCUCAGUGGGCUGGCGCUGUGCCUUGUGCCACCGAGUGUGGCAGGGGCGGCGGCGUGCCCGAAGACGCUUGCAGCAGCAAAUCAAGGAAGGAGUUGGAGCUGGUGCUGGCACAGGAGCAGAGUGGCUGGCAACUGAAGCUCAGGUCACGCGGCAGCUGAGAGGCCUGAGCAGUACUGAACAGGCGCCAGGGGCUGAGCCACUCCUGACCUUCGUGGUGUCUGUCUCCCAGGCUGACCAGACUCUCACUGUGACCCCACUCCGGGAUUCUCAAGGCCUGUUCCCUGAUCUCCAUCAUUUCUUACAGGUUUUCCUCCCUCAAGCACUUCGAAACCUGCUCAAGUGAAGAUGGGGACCCUAAAGGGCAAUAAAGCUGCUAGUUUAAUAAUAAA